AUGGCCUCCCUUCGCACUGCGGGCAUGCUUCGGCAUCUCGCACACCCUUGCUCUCAUGUCCGUUCGCUGCGCGCCUCCAACCAACGACGAUGGGCUCAAGUUCACGAUGUGCGCUUCCUCGCCACGACGCAGCAACCGCGCAGUGUCAUCGAGAAGUACCGCCAAAAAUUGGAGAACAAGGCCAAAGAGGAGGGCCUGCCUGAUAUCGACGCUCUCAAACAGGCAUACAAGGACAAAAUUGAGCGCCUGCGCAAGGAAACCGACGCUGCAACUAAACUACCGGGUGCUCCCGCUUCAGCUACCCCCACUGCUGCUGAUGCCGCUGAGUUGGAUGCUACUGCCACAACAAUCACAACCGAAGCCGCCAAACCUUCUUCCAAUGCCACGCCAGAAACGCCGAAGAAACCAGUAUCUUCAGGCUCCGGCUCAGGCUCCGGCAUCAAACCCCUAUCCGAGAUCCUCGAUAUGACCAAGGCCCGCGACUUACCUAUCAAGGAACUCUCCGCCAUCUGGCGUCUGCGCUACGCCACCAAUCCACACUCUCUGUGCGCCGUCAUCCCGUCAGAGACCUACUCAGCCAUGGAUACGUUGGCGCGCUCGCGCCCCCAGUUCGUGCUUCCUGUGCCGCACCCGGAACAGGGCGCGGAGAUUCACUUUUUGCAAUGGACCUGGGACGCGGCGACGGCGACGUCGACGGUGCUGUUCACGCAGCUGGCCGAGUACAAGAACCGCGGCGAGUUCGCGCAGCCGCACACGACGGUCACGCACUACAUGGACUUUAGCGGCGACAAGGGCGUCGUGCUGAUGCAGGGCCAGGUCAUGGAGGAUAGAGGCGUCAAGCCCGAGGAUGCGCAGUGGUUGCUCAUGUGCCUUCAGAGGUUCUACGGCGGUUGGGAUGGUACUGGUGGCGAGCAGGGCCAGCAGAGGGCGAACGAGCGCAGGAAUCUGUUGGAUUGGUUCGCAAGUGGUGACCAGAGGUUUAGCGUGGAAAAGCUUAUGGAGGAGGCGGAGAGGAUGGGUUAG